ACAAAGUUCGAGUAAAGCUAAGAAGGAAGAAAAUGCACAAAAAUGACAAGUCUUUUCUCUUUUUGAGGCCCUUUUCUGCUUGUUUUUACUCUCACUUGAUGCCAUAUUAUAAGCCAUUGUUGUUGGGCUACAGUGCAAGUGAAGCACACAUCUAUUUAUAGUUUACCCUUCUCAGCUUCUCAGAAUCUAUCCAACGAACAGCAACUUGUCUUUUAGAGAAGAAAACACCAAGGAAAUGACACAGGCAUCAUUGUGACUUCUUCUUCUACUUACACCAAUCAAGAGAAGCAUAUAUAUGAAUUGCAAGUACUUCUGGUGCCAGUAUAUAUGGCUCAACAGGAAGAAGGGUGGCCUCUGGGUUUGCAGCCCCUUAAUGUGAGAGUUGCUUUACCUAGAACUGGUGAAUUUUCUGGAUCAGUAUCGUUCAACACUUUACUCACUGGUUCUCCAACUUCCUCAACAGAUUCCUCAUCAGAUUUAGACACAGAGUCUACAGGAUCUUUCUUCCAUGACAGAAGCAUUACUCUGGGGAGCCUUAUUGGUGUUUCCAACAUAUUGGAGCUUUCCAGGAAAUCAUCAAGGGUAAGGAAAGUCGAAGUAAUAAAGGAAAAGAAGAGCAACAAAAAACCCAAAACAUGGCUUUUCUCUUUAUGUUCAAGAGACACCACUGAUGCUCAAAGUGUGAACAAUCCUCCUUCUCUUGCCCAUUUUCUUGCUGUAGAGAGAAGAGCUGCUAAUGAAUAUGGAAGGAAUCAAAGCCCUAAUAUUUAUGGACCUGAUGAACUUUCCCUAGCUCAGUCUGGCACAGAACCUAAUUCACUAUUUGUUAAUGGCCAAGUUGCUCCUCCUAGAGUAAGUCCAUGGCAUGAGACUGAUGCUGAAAGGAGAAGAAAUGGAAGGUUAGAUCAUAGCAGUAGACAUGGAGUUCCAGUCCUAUUUUCUUGCAUGUGUGGACAGCCCUGUUAGGAACUAAGCUUGUCCAAAAUUUUUUUUGUCUUCCAUUGAUGAUUUGAUCUUCAUGUCCUAGGUAGGGGAACUGAAAAAUAAACUCAGUUUUUGUUUGUCUUUAGAUCAAUGUCUUACACAUAUAGUCCAUUUUACACCAAUGGACUCACAUAUAUUCUUGUGCUAGUGCAGAGGUAUCUCGCAUGGUUAGCUGA